GCUGUUACAAAAACAUGCCUUAAUUAAAAGCAUAACUAAAGAUAGUCAAGAGUGGAUUAAAAUGGCACAAAAACUAUAAAAUUUUGUUAAUUAGAGAUAAAUAAUCAGGUCAAAUGUUGAUUAAAAUUAAUUACAUGUGUAUAGGAGAACUUCAAAAAGCAAUCACUUUGAUUGGAUUUGCUUCAUCUUUCGGCUCUUGGGUGGUGGAUCAAGUGAACCGCUCCGGCAACGUUCAGAAGCUUCACAGCCUCGGUGAUGAGGGUUUUCCGGUUUGUCAGGUUGACAAAGUUCCGGGUCGCCGAUCUCUGGGUCACAGUUUGGAAUAUCUCUCUCAAGAGCACCAUCAGAGAUAUCCUCUGCAUGAACUGCAUUUGCAAAAGUUAAGCAUACUAACGUUACAGCGAGGCAAGAGAUCAUUAUUUUGCUUGUUCUAGCCAUUUUUCUUUCUGUUUCU